AUGCCUGGUUCCAAGGUCGUGCAGGUGCCCCAGUUAGGGUUCUGGGAGAAGGCAGAUCUCCCCUUCAUCCAGGCUUCCGUGGUUGUCCAGGCUUUGUAUGCUGCUAUUACGGGGCUUUUCCGUGGAAAAGCCAGUCCCAGGAAGUAUAGCCACCAUGUUACUGCGGCCGCUAUUCGCGGGAUGAUUAAUCGGAUCUCUAUUCGUCAGAAGCAAUAUCUCGACCCGACUACGCCGCAGACAUACCAUGCCGUGAUGCAGCGCAGAGGCCUCCAGCCCGAGGUAGUCGAGCUCCCUCACGACACCGAGGGAUACUGGCUGGGCAACAAGAAUGCAAAGAACGUGAUUAUUUACUAUCACGGAGGUGGCUUCGCCAUGGCUGCCGGCGCCACACACUUUGAUUUCUGGCUCGACCUCCUCCAAGUCAUCAACGAGAACGGUCACGACAUCGCCGUGUUUUUCCCACGGUACACACUCACCCCGCACGAAGUCUACCCAACCCAACUGCGCCAGUCCGUCGGUGCACUCCAAUACAUCCUCACCGACGCCGGACGAGCUCCGUCUAACGUGAUUGUCGGCGGUGACUCGGCUGGUGGUAACCUUGCCAUGGCGGUGCUGCUGCACCUGUCCCACCCGCAUCCUGAUAUUGAUCCGGUUACCUUGUCGAGUCCACUGGCGGGCGUGUUUGGGUAUGCGCCGUGGAUUAAUUUCAGCCAUGAUUGGCCCUCGUUCAAGGAGAAUGUUUAUCGGGAUGUUCUUACUGAUCAGGCGCUGUUGAGGUGGUCGAAUGCUUAUCUGGAUGGGAAGCAGGGCGAUAGUUGGAGUGAGCCGGAUCGUGCGCCGGUCGAGUGGUGGCAGGACGCGAAGACGGAGCAGAUCUUGCUGUUGGCCGGUGGUGAUGAGCUUUUGCUGGGUCCUAUUGAGUCUUUUGCGAAGAAGGUCAAGUCGGCUUUCCCGAAUACUACGUUCGUCGUUGGAUACGACGAGUCUCAUGAUGCACACUUGUAUGUCGAAGCAGGCUCAAAGGAUGGUACACAGACCAGCAGAGAGCUACGACAAUGGAUUGCUUCUCGUCUGUGA